AUUAACAGCAACGUUUGACAACGUUUUUAUAUAAGACGAUUAUGUGGAAAAAGUAUUUUGUAAAAUUUUCUUCUAUUCCAGCUGUUAGAGAGAGUGUACAGAUUAUUUUAUAGCACGUUUUGAUUGCACAGUGUCACAUCUUUGCUGGUUACCUUUAAUCACCUGGCGACAUUUAACCACAAUUUUUUUGUUUUCCCUCUCUCAGGAUGAUUAUGGACUUAUUCCACGAAUCUGUGAGGGGUUGUUCCACCACAUCAGUGGAGUGUUACAAAAAGACAAGGCAUCAUUUCACAUGGAGGUCAGCUACUUUGAAAUCUACAAUGAGCGGGUUCGAGACCUCCUUCCCAGCACAGAGACACAAGACUGCGAGCUAAGAGUGAGGGAACAUCCUAAAGAUGGACCAUAUGUGGAGGCCCUCUCCAGACACCAUGUGCAGAACUAUACUGAGGUUGGCCAAUUGAUGCAGGAAGGCAACAGAAGGCGUGCCACUGCCAGCACAGGCAUGAACCAUGUCAGCAGCCGAUCUCACGCCAUCUUCACCAUUCGCUUCGUCAAGGCCAUGUUUGAUGCAGAGUUACCAAGUGAGACAGUGAGUAAGGUGCAUCUGGUUGACCUGGCAGGAAGUGAAAGAGCUAAUGCCACACGGGCUACUGGUAUCCGACUUAAGGAGGGAGCCAACAUUAAUAGAUCUCUGGUUACUCUGGGCAUCGUCAUCUCAACUUUAGCUGAUCUCUCUGUUGGGGGUAGAAUGAAAAAGAAGCAAAAUUUUGUUCCAUAUCGAGACUCUGUGCUUACCUGGUUACUGAAGGAAAGCCUCGGCGGAAACUCCAAGACUGCCAUGAUCGCCACACUGAGCCCCGCAGCCAGUAACAUGGAGGAGAGCCUGAGCACGUUACGCUACGCCCAGCAGGCCCGUAUGAUCAUUAACAUCGCCAAAGUCAACGAGGACACCAACGCCAAACUGAUCCGAGAGCUGAAAGCAGAGGUGGAGAAGCUCCGCGCGGCUCAGAUGAGCUCCCAAGGCAUCGAGCCCGAGAAAAUGAGACUCUUUCAGCAAGAGAUCGUCUCUCUCAAGACCAAACUCUCUCAACAGGAGCACGAAAUGGCCGAGGCUCACAGAACUUGGAAAGAAAGGCUGGAAGAGGCAGAGAGGAGGAAGCGGGAGGAAACCAAAGAGCUGCAGCGCGCCGGCGUCACCUUUAAAGUGGAUAAUCGUCUGCCUAACCUUGUGAACCUGAAUGAGGACCCGCAGCUGUCAGAGAUGCUGCUGUACAUGAUUAAAGAGGGCGAGACCAAGGUCGGCAAGCUCAAGUCUGAGUCGGCCCACGACAUCCAGCUGUCUGGAGCUCUCAUCGCCGAUCAGCACUGUGUCAUCUCCAGUGUGAAAGGUACCGUCAGCAUCAAACCGAUGCCAAACGCCAAGACCUUUGUGAACGGACAUCUUGUGUCUGAGUGCACCGUUCUCCAUCACGGAGACCGUGUGAUUCUUGGAGGGGAUCACUACUUUCGGUUCAACCACCCGGCUGAGGUUCAGAGCGGAAAGCGCUCGUCCUGCUGGAGCAGUGGAGAUGGUCAGAAGGACUUUGAGUUCGCUAAAAACGAGCUUCUGUCGGCUCAGAGAGCACAGCUCGAAGCGGAGAUCGAGGCGGCUCGGUUGAAGGCCAAAGAGGAGAUGAUGCAGGGCAUUCAGGUGGCAAAAGAGAUGGCGCAGAAAGAGCUGAGCGAGCAGAAGAGUCAGUACGAGGAGAGGAUCAAAGCUCUGGAGCGAGAGCUGGAGGAGGAGAGCGAACGCAAGAGAGAGCAGGAGCUGGAUAAAAAGAGGGUCGUCAGCCAGAUAGAGCACCUGCGGACCGCAAAGAGCCUGCUGGAGCAGGAAGUCACCACUCAUAAGAGACGUCUGCAGAUGGAGGCCCAGGCUACUAGACAGGCAUUGGCUGAUCACGAUAUCCGGCACGCUAAGAUUGUAGAGGCUCUCGAAGCAGAGAAGAGGAAGAUUGCUGAAGAUCUUGCUCAGAUUGAGAAAAAACGUGCUCUUAAAAUGACCCAGACCCCCAAAACGGCCUGCCCGCAGUGGGAUGCCUUGAAGCUGUCUUUGAUGAUCGAAGAAGCCAACAAAAUCGGUGCCAAACUCCGAAAACACACAGUCUUCAGCAGACACGAGGAGAGCGAGGGCGGAGACGCCCGGCUGCAGGUCCAAGUCCAGAACACCAAACUGGGAAUCUCCACCUUCUGGAGUCUGGAGAAGUUCCAGAGCAACCUGGCCGCCAUGAGGGAGCUUGAGCAGGGGGAGAGCGCCUCUAAAGAUGACGACGUGUUUUACGACCCCAAUGAUGAGUGGGAACCAGACCUAUCAGCCUCUUCCUCAACCUCGUCUUUCUCUCGCAGGAGGAGUAGAAGUUUGCUGAAGAGCAGGAGGAUUUCUGGGCGCCUCUAUGAGAUCCGAGUGCAUCCCAUUCAAAGCCUACACUGCGCUCCCUCACAGUCCUCUGGGCUGAUGAACAAGCCCCCCUCUCUGCACUCCAGCACUUCUGACUCCGCCCUCCCAGCCAUCUGCAAAGAUCUGAUUGGCUCUGCCGUGGCUCGUCUGCGCUCCAGCCAUUCGACAGAGGAGAGCGAGAGCUUGGGUGACAAACUGACUCUAGACCUGCUGGCGGUCCAUCGCGCCGUGAGGUCCAUCGCAGACCUCUAUGAGCACCUUGACGACGACAGCCAGGAGAACCGUAAGCAUCAAGCGUCUUUAACAAACCUAAAUCAACAAAAAUAG